AGUGAUUCGGAGACAUGGAGGAUCAAUAGUUUGUACGUCGUUUUCCAUUUUGUGUAAUCGCAUUAAUUCCAUUUGUUCUGUGAUCGUGCCUAAGUAUGCCGUCUCGCGGGGAGGAUAUCCUCAAAGGUUUCCAAGUUAAUUGGAUGAAUCUACGCGAUGCCGACAGUGGGAAAAUUCUCUGGCAGGGUAAUGAAGACUUAUCUGUACCUGACAUAGAACAUGAAGCACGUGUACCAAAAAAAAUCCUGCGAUGUCGUGCAGUAUCAAGGGAGAUAAACUUUAGCUCUGCAGAACCAAUGGAAAGGUUUCGCCUAGAACAGAAAGUACUGUUCAAAGGGCGCUGCCUAGAAGAGUGGUUCUUUGAAUUUGGAUUUGUUAUUCCCAACAGCACUAACACGUGGCAGAGCUUGAUCCAGGCGGCACCAGAAAGUCAAAUGAUGCCGGCAAAUAUACUAAACGGCAACGUCGUAAUAGAAACAAAAUUCUUUGACGACGAUCUCUUAGUGUCUACCAGUCGAGUCCGUCUCUUCUACGUCUAAGGCGAUUUCUAAACGGUCCUAAUCGUACAUAACACGGGACCAAUCAACAUAAACAGAGACCCUAUACAAAAAUAGAAACAACGCACGUGUGAAAAAUUUCUUACAAACUGAACAUUUUUCAUUCUUUAAUAUUAGACACUUCUUAUGCAUACAUUAACUAGAUGAUAUUGAUAAUAAAUCUUGUAAUUUUGUAAAAAUUUAUUCUUAGAUUCAUGCAAAAUAUUAACAGUACAAUUUUUCAAACAGGGCCUAAUGUGUUUAAAAUAUGUUUUUCACUCUUGAAAGAUGAGGGAUUCACUCUUGAGGAUAUGACUUGCACUGUUAAAGCACAUAAUUUAUUUGUUAUUUAUUAAGUAAAUAAAUGCAAUAAGUUUU